UACAUGGGCUCAGAGAAACUUUUAAAUUGACGGGAAGAACAGUACUAUUUUUUCUACGUGGUGAGUUGCUGCAGCUCUUUGAGAAUGCUGUCAGAAGGUUAUCUUUGUGGAAUCCCCUACCUUUGUGAAGACUUCAUGAGUUCUAAGCUCUACAGCAAGCAAGCCUCGGAGGAAAUAGUACAUGAGAUGAGCUCCCUGUGCAGCUUCACAUAUGCCUCCGUGGAUGAGACACAGAGCAAAAACCUCUUUCAGAGGUGGUCUGUUGGCAAGUUAAUUUCCUCAGGCUGUUCAAAAGGAAGCAAACGCAACAGAAGACAGACAGAUUCUGUAAGGCAAGCCACCCAGAAUUCAUUCUUUGACAGGCAAACUUCUCCAGUUGAGGACAUAUGUGGAGGAUGCAACAUAGACACUUAUCUUGUACCUUCUUCCUGUCAAAGCAUUUGCAAAAAUUACAAUGAUUUGCACAUUGCUGGGGGCCACAUAAUGCCUAUCAGUUCAGUAACAAAGGAUUUUACCUGUGACAGUGGGAUAGGCCCAUUCUUGGAGUCAUCAGAGAUUCCCCCACCCAUAGAAUCCAUGAUGAUGCCAACCAAUGACCUUAGUCGCAAGGCAGUCCAAGGAUAUUCAUCAUGCUGGCGAGUGGCCAGCAUCAUGCAACAUCAGCAGCCCCUCUCCAAUUCAAUGCUGAAUGACUAUUUAGAGCAGAAGGUUGUGGAACUGUACAAACAGUAUAUCAUGGACAGCAUGGUCAACUGUGUGUCUCUCAAUCAGAUCCUAGCCUCGGAGCUCAUCAUGACCAACGUAGAUCAAAUUACCCAGCAGAUAUCACGAGAGAGGAAUAUGGAAACCACCAAGGCCAAAGAUAUGGUCAUUAACUGCUUGUUACGAGUGGCCAGUGGAAAACUAUCCACUGAAAUGAGCACCCCUAGUUUGCAUAUUUCCCAAUAUAGCAACAUCAAUGCAUAAACAGCUAGCAUUAAAAUGGCCUGAAUGGUAGGUUUUAUAUUAUAUCACUCUUCCAAUCUACAAGUCUAGUAUUCUUCACCUGCCACUUCAAUGAAACCUUUUUAUAAGUACUACUAAUUAUUCGCAUUGGGGUAGCAUCUAAGAGGAGCCCUCAUCAUGGAUCAGGUUUCCAUCUGGUUGGGCACAUUGCUAACAACUAACAAAAUGAUGGUGCCUACCUCCCUGAGUGAAUCACAGAUAUUAAAGAUAACAAUGAGAAAACUUUUCAAUACGUAUUCAGUCUUCAAGGUAUUCUGUUUCUCUACUACUUCUAUUCACCAACCUUUUCUAUGUGCCUCUAACUUCUCUACCCUGCUUCGAAUCAUACAUUCUACCAUAGAUACCAAUGUAAACCCCAGCUUUCUGCCCACCUUUCUCAGGCACAUCUGGCUUGCUCUGCAGGUCACAGCUAUGAUUAACUGCACUCUCUAGCCCAUAUAUAUUCACCUAAUUGUUAUCUUUCUUUCCCAUCUUUCCAGUCCCCUUCCUCUAUGAUUCAAUCCCAACGUCGUUUCUGCUCCCAGUGUAUAGGCCUUGUUACACAGUAAAUUUAGUCAGCUUCUGGAGCUCUUAAUCUCUGGACUGGCUGCAUGCUAACAGCUUUUAGGUGGCUUAAAGCACUCAUUUUGUGGCUUAAAGUUACACUACUCUAGGGCAGGAAUAGUUCCAAUUCACCUAAUUUUCUUCCUGUUGCAUUACCAUGUGGCCGUUUCUGACAGCUAUUCUGCCCAAAUCUGAAGUCAUCCAGUAUCCCCGAAUGCAAUGACCCACCUGACUCAGGGCAAGCAGGAUGCCGGGGCACAGUGGGGCGGGCACAGUGCCUUGCUCCCAGGUAUGUCAGGCACAGCCUCGGAGCACCCGGUGGCCAUGGUGUCUCCUGCCACCACCCAAACUGGCUCUGCUCUCACUUGAGCUCCAGCUCUGCUUCCACCUGAGCUCAGG